AUGCAACAUCCUGGCAAGACGAAUCUGCCUCAUGCCUACGUCCAUACAUUCAGGAUUGGUGAGCCUUCGGGUUGUAACAGAGAAAAGGACAACAGUGUCUCUACUGAACUAACCCCUGGUGGGCAAGCCUCGUUGGCAUCUCUUUUGGACAAUGCUACGCCAGUGGAAUGUUGCAACGAUGGCGCAAAAGCAGAUGCGGCUCCAUCAUCAGAUCAAUCCGACCAGCUUCCCAGCUACAUCGCACGUCUGCCAGUGGGGCUUGACGAUCACGUCGUGCAGUUGCUAUUGCACAAGGGAGCUCUUACAGUUCCCAGCAAAACGACGAUCGAUGAGUUACUGAGAGUAUUUGUCUGUCACGUAUAUCCCUUUCUGCCGGUCUUGGAUUUGGGAAAUUUCCUCGGUGCAGUAAAAGGUACCAACAGCGACCGUAUCAGCCUGCUGUUGUUUCAGGCCGUGAUGUUUGCAGGAGUCACUUUUGCAGAUCUGUCACAUUUGCAACAAGAGGGGCUUCGAACUUAUGACAAUGCUCGAAAAAUCUUUUUCGACCGGGUGAAGCUGCUGUACGAAAUGGAUGUCGAGUCAAAUCCCACGACGAUGAUACAGGUACUGCUUCUUAUGACAUACUGGUAUGGUCGGCAGAAUGAUACAAAGGGUCGGUUUUACUGGCUACGGACCGCUUUCUCUUUGGCCACUGAUAUUGGCUUGGACAGGUGGCCAAAUUCUCCAAAUCCGUCGACCCGGCAGCGAAUGAGGCGUAAGUUGUGGUAUUGCUGUCUGAUGAGGGACAAGCUUCUGUCUAUAACGGAACGGCGGCAGAGUGCGCACUGUUGCAAGACUGAGGACAUCGAGGACAUCGACCCAAAAGACUUCGAGGACGCGGCUCUUACUCAGGUAUUCAUAAAAUACAAUGUGCCUGGUCACGGGAUUGGAACACCCAGCCUGAGUCGGUUAUGCGCACAAAAGGUCAAAUUAUGCCUUAUUAUUGGACAUAUCUUCAAUUCACAAUAUGAGUUGAGUGGCGUACGGCUCGUGGAUUCGAGUGAUCCUUUCAUGGUCUUGAUCCCAAAAGCAAAAGUUCUCAGCACCGAAAGUGCUGCUCGGGACCAAGACCUUCGCAAUUGGUGGAGGGAGACUGCUUCUAUUAAAGAGGCAGCCUUAGGUCAGAAUCAUAGCCAGAAUGGAAGCUUGCUAGGCUUACAUUCUGCAACCCUCGAAAUGUUGUAUUUGACUGCACUCUGCACCGUUCAUCGCCCGUUUCUCCUCCUUGACCCACUCAAAGGCUCUGCCAACGAAGCUUUACAAAGCUUCUCCCGGAAUACUCUUCGAUCUGCCGCACGUCGAAUCUCGGAAAUUGCGAGGGAAUUGGAUGAGAGUCAUCUCCUACGGUUCAUGCCACCACUAGUUGUGGGAGCCCUUAUUGUGGCUUCUGUUCAACACUUGAAAGAUGCCCUAUCUAGUGAGGCAGAGCUUCGUGGGAUUGGAGACCUGUACCUAGGGCAGACUCUCCAAGCAUUCGCAGCAUUAAGACACAAGUACAAUUCCGCAGAUUGUGCAAUCGGUUUCAUCGAGAGCGUCAGGAGCGGCAAAAGCGUAUAUCGGACUUUCGAGUGGGAGGAUCGAGCUAACCCUCGGGCACCUGAUGAUGAACAUACAGUGAUGAGCACGGGCAGAGAGUCAAACUCCGUCACCAUCGCACAGACAGACACAAGCAGCAUUACCUCGCCGUUCAUUUCACAAGGCGCCAACGUUGAGUUGCAGAAUGGCGUCAGACAUCAUCCCAUGGACAUGUUCGGAAGCUCAUUCGAAAGCGAGGUGGACUUCAAUGUACCCGACUUUCGAUCACCAAAUUUUAACGCUAUUUCCGAGUUGCUACUCUCGGCCCCAUUUGAUGCCAACAACAUUGACUGGGCAAGGAUGGACUGGUAUGAUGUCGGAAGCACAGAGAUUUGA